ACUGAGGAAGUGUGGAAGUUGGCUGCACACUGUGUCCGGAGCUUUCGGCCCUGCCCUGCCCUGCCCUCCCUUUUCCUGACUGAUGCCGAUGUGCAGCAUCCGAGACCGGGCGCAGGGUUCCGGCCAGUUGCCCGCUUUCGCCCAGUGCCGGCCCUCUCCCCAUGCCCGCUCCUCCCGCCACUGGAGCCUGGUUUCUGAGUCUCCAGAGGGAACUGACGGAGCGCCGGUUGUCCUCUCUCCUCCUCCUCCUCCUCCUCCUCCUCCUCCUCCUCCUCCUCCUCUCCUCCCCCUCAUCUCCCCGCCUCUCUGACCGCUCAUCAGCACCCAGAGCUCGUCGGCGGCCGAGCAGGGGAUGUCUACAGAGGCUGCGAACAACGACAAGCGAGACAGCGCAUGGCCUGAGCUGGAGAAAGCUGAAAAGCUGGCCCGAGGAGCUGCCUUAAAAUGGGCCUCGGGGAUCUUCUACCGCCCAGACCAGUUAGAGAGACUGGGCCAGUAUCGCAAGAGGGAAACGCAAAGAACGUCCUCCGUUCAAUCCAGGCUGAAGUCAGCUGUUCAGUCCUACCUGGAAGGGGUGGGGACAGGCCUCGGGCAACUGAGAACCUCCCUGGACGACAUCCGAGCCGUGGGCCGCGCAAUGGUGGAGGUCCAAGAGGAGUGCCAGAACAAGGUCAAUGGCUUUGAAAGCUUGGGGCAGCUGAGCAGCCUGGUGUCCGAUCAUGUCCAGCUGUCCACUGCAGUGCACCACCUGCAUCAAGUCUUCUCAGUCCCUGAGGUUGUGGCAGAGACAUGGCAGCUGAUAGAGGAAAGGAGACUACUGGAAGCACACACCAAGCUGAUGGAGUUGGAGUGCUGGCGUGACGACAUUCUCUACCAGCUGCACCGUGCCGGGAAGCAGAGCACAGAAGGAGAACAGGUCGUCAUGUCGUACUUCAGUGGUGUCGGGCAGCUCAACGAAGACCUAGUCAAGGAGCUGUGGGACGUGGUGAGCUGUGGACUGACCCUGGUAAAGCAGGACCCCGCACUAUUUGUCUCGGCGAUCCGCGUGAUCGAGCGGGAGGAGAAGAUCGAUCAAGUGACCUUGGACAGUCAAAGCCAACACAAGUUUCUCCCACCUGGACGGCCCAAGAAGCUGAAGCAUAUGUUUUUUAAGGUUAUCGAGCAAUCAACUGCGGCACAGUUCAGAGCAAGGCACACUGACACAAAGGGUCCAGGACUGGCCAACCAUUUAGCAGCCUUGCAGAACAAUGUGCUCAAUGAUUUGAAAGUCGUCAAACACUUAAUGGUGCAAUGUUGCCCUCCGCACUACGAUAUCCUCCAGACCUACGCGGUACUUCACCACACCUGCCUCUCGGGACAUCUGCAGGAUAUCAUAUCCUGGGACCUGGAGAAGGGUGAGAUCUACACUGUGCUGAACUGGAUACGUCACGUCUACCACAGCAGUCCUGAAAUGAUGGAUCAUCCGGAUCUCUUUCCUGACGUUGAUGUUGCUUCGCUGGGCCCUCUCGUUUCUCAGGAUGCACUGGAGCAGCUGCAGAAUAAAUACGUGAAUGCCGUCCGGGUGGCUUUGUCAGACUGGAUGCAGAAGGCGCUGGAAGCUGAGGUGAGCGACUGGUACAGCGAAGGGGAGCCAGAGUCUGACCACGAGGGCUACUACCACUCCAGCCUGCCGGCCAUUGUGACCCAGAUGCUGGAGGAAAAUGUCCAGGUGGCCAUAAUGAUUGGCGACCGUCUCAGGGACCAAGUGGUGGUGAUGGCUCUGCAGGAACUGGAGACCUUCCUCUACAGGUUGCGAGAGGCUGUAAUCUGUUUUGGGAAGGAGCGGAGCAAGGAUCCGCAGCCUAAGUAUUACUUGCUGUACCUCCUGACCACCAUCAACAACUGUAUCGCAUUCAGAAAGUCAGUCCAGUGGCUGCAGCAGCAGAGUGACGGGGGCUCCCGGAGUGACGGCUGCACGAAAGCCUCUCACUCCAUUGACACGGCCGUGGAUCGAGCUAUGAAGAAAGGCUGCAGGCUGUUGAUCGAUAAGAUGCUUCUGGAACUGCAGCCUCAUUUCCUCCAGUUGCUGACUGGGUCCUGGCUCUCUGGCUGCGAGUUCAUUGAUUCCACCUGCACUGUUAUCGACACGUACUACAGCUACUUCAGCCACAUCCGGGAGCCCAUCUUUCAGUUCAUGCUGGUCGAGGGGCUACGUCUGGUGGUCAUUGAGUACAUCCGCCGGCUGAUGCUGAAGAAGAUCAUCUGCAAAAACGGGGGCGAGCGAGAGAAGGUGUGGCACAGGUUGUCACGUGAUGCCACACAGCUGCGGGAGCUUUUCAGCAACCUGGGACUGGAAGAGGCCGAACGGCUGACCAACGCGAUUUCCUCCGUGUCGGAGCUCAUCAAGCUGAAGGACAGCUCCCUGCUCAGCCUGGAGGUUUCCGGCCUGGUGGCCAAUUACCCCGACAUCAGUGACGAGCAUGUUUCAGUGCUGUUGGACAUCAGGGGGGACGUGUCCAAGGAGGUCCGUGGCACUGUGUUGGAGAUGCUGGAGCAGAGCAGUCAGAUGCCUCCUGAAGACUACCAGCCCAUCUUCUCCGAUAUCCUGGUGCCAGCUCCCGUCCUCCCCUUCUGCCUCCACACCGUCAAGUGCAGCUAGGCGGCCGGCCGUUAAAUCUGUCCUUGGAAGUGACGUCCUCGACCGGCGGGCCGGAGAAUUGGCAGGCGUUGGCGGCUGAGGUGGCAGUGCCAGCCGAGGUCUUGCUCCAUCAUACAGCCGGAGCAUACAGUAGACGCGGAGCCCUGGUGGGACGGGGGACCAGGUUGGACAGGCAACCACUAGCAUGAAGCUGUGUUGCAGCGCAUCAGAUCUCCGCAGCACCUACAAGUCUCGCCUACUUACAAAGCAUGCCAGAAUUUGCUGGAAUGACCUCUCUCCUUGGCUCGGCGCUAAAGCCAAUGGUCGUGUGUCCCUCACAGCUGUGGUUCCUGGUGGAUCAUCCAUCAUCGCAUUCCAGUGGAGUCUGUAUGCAAACACUGGAUUAAGAUGGGCUUUGAAGCCUUCCUCGGCUGAAUAACCCACCUACAUUCCUGGACAAGGCACCCCCGAGGAGGCUGGUGUUGGAUGGAGCAAGACAAAUGGGAUUAGUUUGUAUCGGUAUGAUAGUCGGCAUGGGAACAGUGGGCCGAAGACCUGUUCCUGUGCUGCCAUGCGCCAUGACACCAAACGGCAUGACACAUAUGUCUGCUGGGCAAAGGGUAGCUUGGCAACAUCCCUGCCAACUACUCUGCCACCUGCCCACAAACCCAAGCAUGCCCUUAUUUCCAGGCCUCCGUGUGUCUUUGGGAGUGAGCCUCCAGGAAUGCUCUCUGUGGAAGGAGUUUCACUCCCAAAGACAUGCGGAGGCUCGGAAAUAAGGGCAUGCUCAAAGGCACUGUCUCACGGGUAGUCAUGGGAAUGUCAGCAUUAGUGCAUGGGUUAGGGUGGCCAUUAAAUCCACUGGGACAUUAGGUUGGGUUGAAUUCUCAUGGAACUGGGUGGAGAUUGGGUAUGGGGUUGGCAAGAUGGAGAGGAGUGGAAGGGAAGUGUUGCCAGCUUUGCCUUGAUUUCCCCCAACCAUCCAAAUUACCCACGGCUUACCUGCACCAUGUCCGCCAACAUUUCACACCCAUCUCCGCCUCCUGCCUCCAUGCAUGCCCCACUGGUUGGUGCCCCCUCCCCCAUCCUCCCAGUGCAUUUGAUCUGACAGAUCAACCAGUCCCUGAAUAAAGUGCCACGGUUAACCGUGAUCCCAUUGAUAAAUAAAAGAAUAGGGCUGUAAAUUUCUGGAGGAGUCAUCAGUUGCAUCACAAGGCACAAUGUCAGCUCACUGACAUGGACGGUGGAGUCUGUGGUAGAAGAUAUCUAAAAUAAAUGUCACUGCAGAAAGGGAUCCAUCACUAUGAACGCUGCUUUUAACAUCACAAUACAUUUCUUGUGGAUUUAUCUUUGAUUGAUAGUUCAUAGGUUCAUAGGUGAUAUGAGCAGAUUUAGGCCAUUCGGCCCAUCACGUCUAAUCUAUGUCUCCCUCCUAACCCCAUUCUCCUGCCUUCUCCCCAUAACCCCUGACACCCGUACUAAACAGGAAGUGAUGAGACCGCUGGGCAGUUUGACCUCUUGAAGACAUUGUGAAACUGACACAGUCCGAUCCCAUCUGAUAAGUUGCAGGGAGAAGGGACCGAGAUCUCCCUCUCAGGUACUCAUUGGCCAACUGCGGGCAGUAACCACUUGAGUUGGGACAUCGCUAGGUCGUGCUUACACAACUUGGACUGUGGUGACCUGGAUUUCUUUGCACCAAAGUUCCUAUAGCAAAACCAAAUGACCAUCAGGUCAAACCCAGAACCUGCCAGAGUGUGAGUGGGAUGAAACUCUUUGAGCACUGUACAGCUUCCUCAUUAAUUUCUGCCUGGUUCAACUUUGUCCUCUCACAGUUAUUGGAGAGGCUCGAGCAAAGAGUCCUUGGAUUGGAGGAUUGUCCCCUUCCCUCUCACUGAAAACCACUGCGUGAUUCUCACAGCAAACCUUAUUAAUAGUACAUCUGCUGUAAUCUGUUCCUUACCCUCUGAGAAUUCACUGCUUAAGCAUCUCAACCCCUGUGAAGUCCACUUCCUGUAGCAUCCUCUGUGAUUGCUGCAGUUUAUUUAAUAGCGCAUCAGCUUUCUGUUCUGAUUGGAGGAACUUCAAGAUGUCGGCCCUCUUCAUCCUUGUCCUGAAGCCUGAAGGCCAACCCUUCCCCACCCAGUCACUCGUGAAGCAAGUUCCCCCGCCCCUUGCCCCCCUCCCUUGUCGUACUUGAUCCCCAGCGGUGAACCCCACCUCGGGUAAUCUUGUUUCUAGUCAAAUAUUUACUUGUGCAGUGGCUCUCACUUGGCCUCCUGCCGCCCUUCUCAGCAGCCACCCCUACUUCAUCCAGAAGUGCAGAGUGGAUGAUCCAUCACAGCUUCCUCUUCAGGUCCCCUCCAUCACAGAACUGGUCUUUAGCCAAAUCAAUUCAUUCCAUGCAAUGUCAAGAAAUUACCGUAAGUACAACAACAAAGGCCUCAGGGCCCCCUGCUAACAGCCAGUUGUAGGACUAAAGACCUGUAAUCCAGAAGCCGUUGAGCUCCCAGCCAAGCUGUUCCAAUACGGUUGCAACACAGUGUCUCCCCAGCAAAGUGGAACAAGUCCUGUUCGCAUAUUGCAGCACAAAUCCAAAUUAGCUAAAUACCCCUUAAUGAAUCCACUUUGGAGACUGGAUGUGUACAGCUCACACAACUCUUGAAAACCUCAUCAUUAGCCAGGACCAAUGAGCCGACUGAUUGGUACCCCAUCCACUACCCUAAACAUUCACUCUCUCCAUCUCUGAAGCAUAGUGACUGCGCCAUCAACAACAUUUGCUGCAGUUACCAGUCAAGUCUGCUCCGACAGCACCUCCCAAACCCACAGCCUGCACUGUUUGAUAGACCAAUGUCAGCAGGUGCAAGGGAACACCGCCACCUGCAGGUUCCACUUUGACUCACACAUCAUCUUGACUUGGAACUAUGUUGCCGCUCCUUCAUCGUCACUGGGGCUAAAUUCUGGAGGUCAUUCGCUGUGGGAUUAUUCGAACCAGUAAAGCAGCAGCAGUUCAAGGUGGUGGCUCACACCCACCUUCUCAAGGGUGAUUGUAGGUGGGAAAUAAAGGCUGGCUACUAGCUUUGCCCAGACCAGCAAAAUUAAUAAAUGAAAAUGUAUCAUCUGACUAUCCUUCACCCCCCUCCCCCCACCGCUCCCUCACCUGCCCACUCCUUUAUGAGUCUGCUGCCCUGUUUCCUCCACCCUGCUGCCCAAUUAUUACACCGUAGUCAACACCAGGCCUUGAUAUCCUGACCAUACCAUCAGGUCCACCCCUACAACCGUGACCGGGACUCAGACCCAAGACUGGGGCUCUCUGCUUGGGUCUGUAACUGCACGGUUUCUGAGGGCCUGGGGCAUGAGCAGUCCUGCAGGAGGAUCUGUGAGGCUCUGUUACAAAUCCGUGUAGGAAGGAACUGCAGACACAAAAUGCUGGAGCAACUCAGCGGGUGA